ACAGGAUACGCGCUUGCGCGGUUAUGUUUCAAACAAAACGGCGCCAUUUUUGUUGUUGUGGUAAUGUCAGCAUAACGUUAACUUAUGCUUCACUCCUUGAGAAAGAAGGAAAAAGCCCGUUUUUUGGAUGGUGUGACGACAAAACGUUUACGCGGAUUCCGAAACAGUCGUUAUAACCGCUUGCUAGCUAGCUAGCUAAACCACAACUGGGGUACAAGAAAUGGAAGACGCCCGUCUGUAUAAGCAGAAAGGAGCAAGGAAGAAGCUCUCCUAUCAGAAGAGCAUGCAGAAUGCACCGAAAGAAAAAUGGAGAGGCAGGUUGUCCAUCGGAGAUAUUGACAGGAUCUUUGAUGACGUGGACUCUCCGAUUCACGUACUCCCCUUAACUGUCCAACUCUCGGAGUCGGAUAUUGAGGAAAACGAUGAAGCUGAAACGCCACAAGCUGUAAAGGCGAAACCUGCAAUGUCUCCCAAAGAAUUAUUCCAUCCUGCGACACGCUCGCCAAGUCCUGAACUAAACAUUGGACAUGUGAAGACAUCCAGCCCACUAGAGGAGAACACAGGGCUGACAUCAGCACAGGCGGAGACUAAUGACAAAGGCGAAGUGCUGUCGCCGAUCCUGGGUGACUGUGGAGGAAACACUUUGACGAUUACGCUCGCCUCCGACAACCAAAAAGAAAGUCCUACUGUCAGUGACAAGAAUUCCCAGAAGCAAGCAUCAAGCAGGUCAGCUCAGGAGGAGCCGGGUACGUCCACUGCUGAGGAGGAUCAUGUGGACGUUCACAGAAAGUCCACAGAGGAGAGCGUGCAGCUCCCUGUCAAAAAAAACAUCUGGGCGUUCCUGCAGAAGGUUCGAGAAUCCAGUCAGCCCAAAAGCAAAUUAAGAACGCCGGUUAAAGCGCCCACACCCCCUCCCGAGGUUGAGGAGGAUUUCCUGAUUUUGGAGGACGACGAGCCUAUUCUCUUUUCCAUUCCCACCAAACGGACCCUUAAGCAGCAGCCGCAGAAAGAGUCCAGAAGUGACAAAGGCGCGUUGAUGGACAGCUGCCGGGACACGGAGCAUUCAAGCAAGAAUUUACUCAAAGAGCCGACAGCCCGCAAAAAAACUCCACAGAGAGAAAAAAAGAAGGAGCCAAAGCAUCGCAAUACCUCCAGCAAAAAGAAUCCACGCAAGAUGGCAGACGAGCAACCCCAAGUGGCGGCCGGCAGCUCGACAGAUGACCAGCGUGUCCGGCCUUCAACCGAGGUGAAGACGUCUUCAAAAGCCAGACGAAAAAAUCCCGAGAGCAGCGGGCCGGCUGCGAAGGUCAAGCGGACUAAGGAACGACGUCAGGAGCCCAGCGGUGAACAGCGUCAAGCUGUUGAAUUGGCUGAUUUCGACUCGGGAAAGCCGAACCCUGCUGAGGAUUCGCCGGCCACAACAGUUGAACAAAACCAUCAAUCCCCUCCGAGCGGGAGUUCCCCCGAGUGGCAUGAGGUGCUUGGCAAAAGGAGAAGAAACCCGCCCGGAAAGUGGUGGGUGGGCUCGCCUCAAAACGAGGAGCAGCCCCAGGUGAGAAAUGAGACUCCCCACGUCAAGAAGCCAAAAGCCAACCGGGGAGAACCGCCCAAGGCCGCGUCGGCGUCAUCCUCCAAGGCCAAGGAUGUCCUCACAACCAAGAAGGAUGUGAAAAACACAGCGAGGGAAUUGAAGAAGAAGAAAGCGCUGCUGAAACCAUCUGCCAGUGAGCUAACCUCUGAUCUAGCAGAACAACCAGAUCAUCAGGAGCCAGAGGAAGAGGAAACCACGGAUCCUUCUCGGCUUUUCAGUCCUCCGGUAUCCAACCGGCGAGACCACAGCCGCAAGUCAGAGCAUCAACUAUUCCAGCAGGUGUACCAGCGCGCCGGUAAGAAAACGUCCAUCCCGCCCAUCCAGUGGACUUCAACCACAUUUCUCGAGCAGCCCUCGUUCAAGCGGCCAAGAAGACCACCCAGUGAGUGGUGGAAGGCCACGGUCACGCCCGAGGAGGCGGCGCCAGACCGGGUUCUUCAUCCCAGUCAGGAGAGGCGUAAACUUGACAAGAAAACAAAAGCGAGACUAAGCAGACCACCAUCAAAAUCGGACAAGCGCGCCAGCCAGGCACUGCCCAGUCGAAGCACUGAGGACGAAGAGCGGACGAGGAGAGCGAAUCCCAUUGUGGACGUCUCCGGCCGGACCUUACCUGUCAAUAGAGGUGCCGCUCAGAGUCACAAAGUGGCCGUGCAAGUCUACGCUCCCGAUUGUGCGAGUUCCAGCAACGGGGGGACUUUUACUUUGGAAGAAAAUCGGGGGAGCCUACGGGAUGACGGCACGAGUCCGUCACAGGUCAUAUUACAAAGCGGACCGGCGUCCAUGAUUGAACUGGACGCACACGAUGAUUCAGAACUCCCGUCGACCAGACUUCUCCAUGCCGACCUGUCCGUUACCGACCUGUGUGGCCCUCCCCUUAUGCCGUGCACCCUCCGGGCCAGGGACAAGCACGACUUGACCGAGUGGCUCCAACAUCUGUUCUCCACGACCCUGAUACGAGAGGUUAACAGGAACUUGGCAGUUUCCCCCGACCAGUUUGACUGGUACUGCCACAAAACUGGAACCAUGGGCAUCGUGGAGGACGUGCGUCUUUUGAACUCCUCUCAUGGGAAGAUGCUGCUGAGCUCCUUCAUGAAGAAACCUUUGUGGGUAGACCACAGCGCUACCAUGGUAUUUUUCCUAUUAACGAGCUGCGUCAAGUUGAGCGUUGACUGCGUCGAAUCUUUUGUGCACGCAGGCAAUUUUUUCACAGUGCCGUGUGGCCACGCGUACAGCAUUCAAAACUUGGCGGAGCAGCCCGCAUUCCUCUGCUUUAACAGGAUCCUCACAGAGACCCCAGACUGAAGUGUCGGUCAGACACAACAACAGGAAAAAAAAAAAUUCAAACUAUUUUUAUAUUUGGUCAUUUCUUCGAUGCGACUCUUACCUUUGUAGACUUGAGGAAUAAAUAUGUAUACUGUUCAUCAGUGCUAUUCAAUUAGUUCCUAGUGUUUGAUACUGAAAUUAAAAAACUUGUGUAGCCUACCCACAUUGCUGAUGUUGUUUUGAAGCGUGGCUAGAAAUGAAAAAAGGGAAAAAAAAAUCCCGUUUCAACAUUGAAGCUGUUCAACUGCAGCAUAUACCAAAUCAUCAGCAUAGUUUGCAUUAAAACAGAAAUAAUUUCCAAAUAAAAAGCGUCUUAAAACGCUUAUUUUAAAAAAAAUACUGUGACCUAGACUCGGCAGCUUUCUAUCCCUAAAUAUUAUAUCGUGUAUGUUUAGUGUCAGCGUGUGUUAAAAUUAAAGGUCAAAGAGUGUGUGCAUCUCAUUUAUUUCAUACCCAAACUUGCGCAAGCACUCACACACUCCUUAGAGCCAAGACGGCAUACCAUUAACCCUUAAAUUAGAAUAGAUAAAUAAAAAGCUGUUUGCAUAUAAACACGCACCGAUGUAACACAUUCCAAACUGGUGACCGACAUUUUUCAAUCUUUGCAUAACCAAGCAGGAGCAAAUCCUUGUGUAGCUGCAUUCUAUUUAUAAUGACAAAAGAUUUUUUAAAACAUUCAUGUGCCAUCAGAACAAUGAGAAUUAUAAACCAGGAAUUUUCUUAAUCACCAGUUAAACCAGUGAGGGGAAGGCCUACAGCCCGCCGUGCACUUCUAACAAAUGCAACCAGAAAUUUUCCAUAUGUACAGUAAUAAAAACCUUUUGUCCGCAUGGUUUUUAACUUUCAAACAGCCCUCUGAGGACUUCAUAAAAAAAUGAAGUGGCCCUU